ACUCUCUUCACACUGCACCUCAUCAACCACAAGUACUCAUCAUCAUCAUCAUCAUCAUCAUCAUCAUCAUCUCCUAUAAAAUUAACUCUCUGUUACAGAACUCCUCGACCUUAAAUUUUCAUGGCGUAGGAGUCCAUCGUGAUGGACAAGAGAAUAAGCAGCAGCCAGGAGGCGGAGGUGCGGAAGGGCCCAUGGACCAUGGAGGAAGACCUCAUCCUCAUCAACUACAUCUCCAACCACGGCGAGGGUGUCUGGAACAACAUCGCUCGCUCUGCCGGGUUGAAGAGGACAGGGAAGAGCUGCAGGCUGAGGUGGCUGAACUACCUCCGCCCGGACGUGCGGCGGGGGAACAUCACGCCGGAGGAGCAGCAGCUGAUCAUGGAGCUCCACGCCCGGUGGGGGAACAGGUGGUCAAAAAUCGCGAGGCAGCUGCCGGGACGGACGGACAAUGAGAUAAAGAACUUCUGGCGGACUCGAGUGCAAAAGAAGCUCAAACAAUGUGAGUCCUUUGUAAGCCUCAAGAACAACCCGGUGAUUAUUGACGACGCUAGCACUAGCGCGCUUCGAGUUGACACCGCCGGCAACGUCAGUAGUGGAGUUCAUCAGGUUUGCGACGACAACAUCAUCGGCGGUGAUCGCCACCACGCCGACGACAUGGUUUCCGAAGGCUUCUCCACGGAGUCUAGUGACAACUUUUGGUCCUUGGAGGAUUUCUGGACAAUGAAGACUUUGAGUUUUUAUAAUGAAAUCUCUUUCGACGAGGUGGUCGCAGACAGAGAGCUCAACAUACAACACCUACAGAUACUGUUCGAUAAUUCUGUCCAUGUUAUUCACGAGAUUAAUCGAAUCGUGAAUAACCAUUGGAGAGGGGACUCGAUGAGUUAUACUAGCACUCCAGCACCGACUAGAGAGUUAUGGUGGAGUGAAUUUAGGGAGCAAUAUGAUGAACUAGAGGCAGCACAGAGAUGUUCUGGUUCUGCUAGUGCAGAUAUGGAAGGGCGAGUGGAGGGUCAAAAAAGGAGGAAAGAUGUUUGGAAUGAGUUCUUUGAGCAGAACCAUAGAAAUCCUCCUGGUGAUGGUGAUGAUGGUGAUCAUGAUGAUGGCAAUGGUGGCAAAUCUUAG